AUGCCCUGUGGUGCCCCCGUGCUGCACCUCGGACACACAGUCAUUGAGCCUCACAUACUGUGGUCUGUUGGUAAGGUGGGUUUACUGCUCAAUGGCUUCAUCCUAAAGUUUUACUUUCACCAAGUUCGACAGCAGGCAUCCAGCAGCUUGAUGGUCUACCUUAAGCACCUGACAGCUGCUGACUUCCUGCUCUGCCUCUCUCUGCCAUUGCGGAUAAUCCACUACGCCAGCAGCUCUGGCAUUGUUUACAUACUCCACUGCAGCUUUGGAGCUACUUCCCUGUACCUCAACAUGUACGCCAGCAUCCUGUUCAUGGGGUACAUCGCUGUUAACAGGUAUCUGAAGAUCGUCCAUUCUUCAGGAACUCACAUCCUGCAGACAGUACGGACUGCCCACAUCAUCUCCACAGUCACCUGGGUUUUUCUCCUGACUCAAGCAAUCGCCUACAACAUUAUGUUUUUCAUCACUCACAAUCCUCUGACCUCUGACCGUUGCUACUGUGGGCACCUCUUCAGUACAUCAUUCAGCGUCCUUCAUAACACAUUUCAAAUCAGCUGCACCAUCAUCUUCCUGUUGGUCUUCGUAUGCCUGGUCUUCUUCUACUAUAGCACCUCCCGCAGGGUGUUGCAGGCACACCAGAGGCAGCUGGCCUCCUCUGAGAAGCUGGUGAAGUCUCGCAGAAACAUGUUGGUGCUGGUCAGCAUCUUCUGUGUUUGUUUUGUGCCCUAUCACCUGGUUCGAGUUCCUUAUAGUUUUUUCUGGAAUAACUCUGUGGGUGGGGUGUUAUACUACCUGAAGGAAGUGGCCACCAUGGUGUCAGUUUUUAAUGUCUGUCUGGACCCUCUUGUUUACUUUUACCUCUGUAAGACUUUUCGGGCCCACGUGAGAAAGAUGUCCAGGAGAGUCAAUGAUCCAACAUAGAGAAAGGGAGAGAGCAUCAAGAGCAGCAAGGCAAACCAGCGAGCUGUAAGGUAAACAGUUUCUGCUGAGUUCAGAGAUCAAUAUGAGGCUCAACUCAGCAAUUCAUUUGGAGGCGAUGACAUCAUGUUAUUUAAAAAAAAUUAUUUUCAAUAAAUUUGAAACAAUUUAAAGGAAACCUUUUGCAUCCUAUCAUUAAAAGCUAUUUUGUUUGUAAUAUUUUCGAGGUGAAAAGAAAACAAAUGAAUCAAUUUUGAAUGAGGAUAUAACGUGACAAAACGUGAACCACUCAGGACACUCUCUGGAUCCACCGUGAGAACUGAACCUCUCUACUGCAGGCGUGGCUUAGUUUCAUCUUUCCA